AUCACUGUGGAGAGAACCUUAUAAAGCCAGCAAAGCACACACACACAUGAUCGCACAUAGGGCUGUUGUUCAGGCUGGGGUCCUUAGAGCGGGGUUCAGAGCCGCCACUGUCCCGUCUGCAUUCUCAGAGACGUGCCCUGAGUGGACAAAUCAUGCUGAUUGUGUGGGAGAGAAACCCAUCUCUGCUCUCAAGAUGAAGGCAGAGCGGGAGGCAUCAUGCAAAGAGACAGCCGUUCCUUCACUCUUUCUUCUCCUGUGGCUUUUCAUCUUUUCCUUGGCAGAUGUAGGUGGAGUGAACAUCAGCAGCCCCCUCCCUGUAGUACGAGGAACACUAGGGGGCUCGGCUCUUCUCUCGGUGACCUACACCAGCACCAGUUUAGACCAACCUGUCAUUAAAUGGCAGCUGAAGAGGGACAAACCCGUCACUGUGGUCCAGUCUAUUGGAACUGACAUCAUUGGGAACUUGAGACCCGAAUACCGUGGCCGAAUCCUCCUGUAUGAGAACGGCUCCCUGCUCCUGCAUAACCUGCGGCUGUCUGAUGAGGGCUCCUAUGAAGUGGAGAUCUCCAUCACUGAUGACACCUUCACUGGAGAGAGGCACGUCAACCUCACUGUGGAUGUUCCAGUGUCCAGACCAUUUAUUCACAUGGUGGCUUCGUCCGUCCUGGAGCUGACUGAGUUCUUCAUACUCAACUGCACUCAUGAAAGCGGCACCAAACCCACCUAUAGCUGGCUGAAGGGUGGCAAAUCUCUGACCAAUGACUCUCGUCUGCUGUUGUCACAUGACCAGAAGGUGCUGACCAUCUCGCGCGUGAUGAUGUCAGAUGAUGAUGUAUACAGCUGUAGGGUGGAGAACCCCAUCAGCAGCAUGAAGAGCAUGCCAGUCAAACUCACUGUCUACAGACGGAGUUCUCUCUAUAUCAUCCUCUCGACGGGAGGCAUUUUCUUACUCAUCACCCUGGUGACUGUGUGCGCCUGCUGGAAACCCUCCAAAAAAAAAAGGGAACAGCUUGCCAGACAAAGUGUAGCCGAGCAGAGCAACGGCAGUCAUGAGGUAGUUGAUAUUGUGCCUGCUAGAAAUUACCAUAAUCGCCGGAAUCCAGGUGGAUUGUAUGUUCUCAAUGAAACGGUUUUCCCCGAGGGAACGGAUGAGUCUUCUGGUAAUUACAUCAACCCUAUUGAUCCUCUCAGUCCACCUUGUUACCCCAGCAUGGCUCCUCCUUCCUCGCAAUCUCCAGAUGCUUAUAUGCAUUCAGGAAGAAGAUACCCACGCACUCCUGUGCCGUCUCCUCCACCGACACCUCACGGGACUUUCAGUCCACCCCUGUCCUGUCCAAUAUAUCCAGGCAGCUUAACGCGCAAGCCCCACCCACCAAGACUAAGCUCCUCCCCUCCACACACUGAAGACCCUCCCACUGAUGGAGAAAACACUAUGCACCACCACAGCCUUCCCAGAUGAGCACGACUGAUGAUGGACAACUGUCAAGGGUAGUGUCUGAUUAUGAGACUUUGUAUAGUGUCCUUCAUUAAUAUUGGCACCCUUGGCAGUUAAAAGAACGUGUUUAUUUUAUUUUUUUGUGCAAAAAAAGUAUAUUUACUCAUAUUUUACUUUUUUAUUACACCUGGGUGAUGAGAAAUAGAAAGUUGUUCAGUCAUGAACCAUGCAGGCCAAAUUUAGUAAUUCAACACAAUGGGUGAAUUCUGGGUUGCCAGAUUAAACAUCUUCAGAUUUUUUAAAAUAAUAUUGUAAGCAAAAGAUUUUCACUUCAAUUUUUCCGUAUAUUUACCAAGGGUGCCAAUAUUAGUGGAGGUCCCACUCUGUGGUGCUGUAUGUGGCAAAUCAGAAUUUAAAUUAGUCUAAAAUCAAUUUUAGUGUUUUAAGAUUUCCAAAAACUUUAGGUAAAUGAUUGUUUACAGGACCGAAACAUAAAGAUCAUUAGUUGUUAAGCAAAUAACUAAUUCCCCAGACAAGUGCAUUGAUGAUUUAUUUUGUUUUCUAAUGAUGUACAUUUUUUUUACAUCAUUGUUUAGCCAUGGUUAAGCUUAAACUAAACUGAAAUAAUGCUAUAAAUAGAAAAAAUAUUUAAUAUGAGGUGUAAUGAAGCAUUAUGGGAAUCUGUUUGGAAAUACUUUGUCAUUAUUA